ACAAGAGGAUAUGUGCCAAGCUAUGCAAAUUCGAUCCAAAAACGAGGUCUCACAGCUUCACGAGAACGGUGAUGGAAAGUGGUAUAUAAUGCCUCCUAUUUCCUACCUCAACACCAUCAUCAUCAUACCAAAGCUUCAAGCAAAUCCGACAAUACUACAAAAUCAUUCCUGAUUUGCACAUAAACUCCACCAACCUUCAACUCAUCAGGCCAAGAGACCCUUUGCCACGAAAAUGCACGCUAAAUCUAUUUUGCAAUCCCUCUUCCUUGUUGCGGCCAUCGCGCCGGUGUCUGUACUCUCUUGUUGCGGGACGGGAGGUACUACCUUGCAAUGUCUGGGUAAAAGCACCAAAGUUUGUGAUGAUCUGACGUCCGGAACUCCCUGUUGCGGCAAUGGAAAAUGCAAUGUCUUCUGCUGUAAUUGCGAUAGAGGCUGUCGCAAGUCUUCAAAUGCCAUCGGUAUAACGGAAGCUUGCAAUCGCAUCUUUGGGAGUACUUGGCGCAAAACUUCCCGAAGCCUUGGGGAACUCUCAGAUCUUGAGGACGACAAAUCGGUGCUCGCGAUUGCGGAUACAGACAAGUCAGGCGAUGUAAGCCUUGCGGAGUACUUGCAAUACAUGGGACAGCGAGAAGAUAAUGCUGAAUACGUUAAUUGGUUCAAGCAGCAUGACAGGAAUGGGGACGGCGUACUUUCAGAUGAUGAACUGCGCCUGGCAUGAGAAAUCAUAUGCUUGUACAAUUGGUGUCCCUGCCUCCUUUGGGAUGAACGUCCUCUCUCGGUACUCUCGUUAAUUUCCAUAGGUGUCUUCAACAUAGAAAACUAUAUAAAUGAAUAGAAUUGGUCU